AUGGGUGCGACCAACAAGUACUCGAUCAUCCUUCCCACCUACAAUGAGCGGAGGAACCUCCCUAUCAUCAUUUGGUUGAUCCAAAGGACUUUCAACGAGGAGAAGCUUGAUUGGGAGGUCAUUGUCGUUGACGACGGAUCCCCUGACGGUACCCUCGAGAUCGCGAAGCAGCUCCAGAAGCUUUAUGGCCCCGAACAUAUUAUCCUCAAGCCCCGCGAGGGAAAGCUUGGUCUGGGAACUGCUUACGUCCACGGCUUGAAAUACGCUACCGGCAACUUUGUUAUCAUCAUGGACGCCGAUUUCAGCCACCACCCCAAAUUCAUCCCCGAGAUGAUUAGAAUCCAAAAGGAGACUGACUCUGACAUUGUGACCGGAACCCGAUAUGCCAACCGUGGGGAUAUCAAGGGAGGUGUCUACGGUUGGGACUUGUUCCGCAAGUUUACCUCGCGCACUGCAAAUCUGAUUGCAGAUGUUAUGUUGAUGCCCGGUGUGAGCGACUUGACUGGUAGCUUCCGCUUGUACAAGAAAUCAGUACUAGAAAAGGUCAUUCUCAACACUGAAAGUAAGGGCUAUAGUUUCCAGAUGGAAAUGAUGGUUCGCGCCAAGGCAAUGGGAUACAAGGUGGACGAGUGUCCGAUUACUUUCGUCGACCGCCUCUACGGUGAAAGCAAGCUCGGUGGAUCCGAGAUUGUUGAAUACCUCAAGGGUGUGCUGAGCUUGUGGUUGAAGGUUUAA